UAUGAAUGGAUGAAAGGAAGAGAGCAAAGGAGAGAGAAAAUGGCAAGGAAAAGGAUAACUAGCUGACUUACCUCUGAUGGCACAAGCCAAUAUUACAUGAAACUGAUUUUUUGGCACCAGCAGAGAAACAUGCAGGCAGAGAGGAAGUAACAGCUCUUCAUGCAGGCGACACCGCUGCCCUCAUAAACCCACAAGGAUUUAUGAUGAUAGAGAACAGCCUUGCCUCAUGACGGAAUAUGUGGAAAAAUAUCCCCAACAUGGCAACAUCCCUCCUCCCCAAAGCCUUAAGCCAAAGCAGGAGUACCAAGCACAUCGUGGGAAAAUGGAAGGAAUCACAACAUUUAAAUCUGAUUAUCGUCCAUAUGAUGUUGUGAAAAGACCUCUUCAGGUACAAGAAGAGUAUAAACCAAAACCUGGAGAGAUUGAUCUUGGAACUACAUACAAGAGAGAUUAUAAUCCUCACAAAAUACAACCAGUGACAUUAGUAAGACCUUUAGAGAGAAAGCACAUUCAAAGAGGAAAACUAGACACCAUUCCAACCUAUCAAGAUGACUACAGAUCAUGGGAAGUUCAAAGAAGGGGACAUAAUAAAUUGGACCACCCCUACCAACCACCUACAGAGAAGUUUGGAAAUUCCACCACAUUUCAAGAUGAUUUUAUUCCCCGCGAGCUGAAUCCUCGACAAAGCUUUAAACCUCCUUGUGUGGCCAAACUUUCAGAUCUGCCUUUUAAUGGUGUUACUAGUCAUCGCAGUUCUUAUGUUGCUCAUCCACUAGAACCAAAAUUUAUAAGAUCAAAGGAAGAAUACAAGCCAAGCAGCCAACCCUUAGAAGAUCUCACAACCCACCGGAAUGAUUUUAAAGGACUACCUGGGGAGCUUUCAAAAAGCUGCAAGCCUGAAUACACCAAAGUUGGGUCCAAUGCUCACUUUAAUGGAAGCACUGAAUUCCAGGAUUGUUUUCAGCCAUGGUCAGUCUCAUUGCCUGAAGUCCACAAGAUAAAAGAAUAUGUUCCACCUACAGGUAACAUGGAUUUAAACUCCACAAGCCAUCUUGACUAUGUUUGGCAUGAGAUCUGUCCUGUUGCCGCCAUAAGACCAGUUUCUUAUGGAAGAAAGAGCAAUGUCCCUUUCCAAGGAAACACCACCAUGAAAGAAGACUUUCAAGCUUGGGGCAGCAGCCGGCGGGAAAUUAUUAAAAAACAUCAGGAAAUUCCAAAACCCACUGGAAAAUUUGAUGGAUUGACCACAUUCAAAUCUCAUUAUCUACCACAUGAAAUAAUUCCAGCUCAAAGUUUCAAACCUUUACAUGUUGCUCUCCCAAGUUCAGCUCGGUUUGAAGAUGAAACCAUGUAUCGUACAGAGUAUACAAGAAAGAAACAAGACAUCUGCCCAGCAAACUAUUCAUCUCCUCCAGGAUAUGUCUACAUAAACACAGAUUCUCAGGGUCACAAGUUUUUCCACAAGGUUACUCCAGAAAUGAAUACAUUUUCAGAAUCCAAUGGUAAUCAUAUUGCAAAGGAAGUAGCUGUUGUGUCAUAACUUGUAAUUUUACUGGUUUACACAAUUUUAUAACACAUUUGGAAUCUUUGGAGCUAAGAUUCAAAACAAAUAUAAAACCAAAUGGCAAUUGAAUAUGCAAUUUAUUAUUGUAAUUUUUAAAAUGUUAAAAUUACUUAAAUUGAUUAUACUCUAUAAAUUAUAGUUUUAAAAUCUAAGAUUAGACAACUCGUGCUAGCAGUAUUCUGAAUAUUUUGCAUGAAAUCUAUUCUCUUUAAUUGUGUAUCUACAAUUUUCUGUGUUUUCUAGUUUUCAAUAUGUUCCAGUCCACACAUAUGUCAUAAGCAUUUAAACAUGAUAGCUGUUUCCUGGAUUUUUAAAAGAAAAUUAACUAUCUAUAUUAGCAAUAAUAGGCCUUAAAUAUAGUUUCAGCACAAUUAAAAUUUUCACAAUAUAGUUCAUGUAACUGACAAUCUAAUUUAGGAGAUAUUCUUAGUAUUACUUUUGAAAUAUGGCUUUGACAUAGUUUUCUUUAACAGCGUAGAAAAAGGAUCUUUUAAAAAAUCUUGCUAGCCAAACUGAAUUAUAAAUUUGCUCCCAUGGUCAGUCUCAUUGCCUGAGGUCUGCAAGAUGAAAGAAUAUGUUCCACCUACAGCUAACAUGGAUUUAAACUCUACAAGUAUGUUCAGCAUGAGAUCUGUCUUGUUGCCCCAGUAAGACCAGUUUCUUAUGGAAGAAAGAGCAAAGUCUACUUCCAAGGAAACACCACUAUGAAAGAACACUUUCAAGCUUGGGACAGCAGCCAGCAAGAAAUUAUUAAAAGACAUCAGGAAAUUCCAAAACCCAUUGGAAUAUUUGAUGAAUUGACCAAAUUCAAAUCUCAUUAUCUACCACGAGAUCAUUCCAGCUCAAGGUUUCAAACCUUUACAUGUUGCUCUCCCUAGGUCAGCUCGGUUUGAAGAUAAAACCAUAUAUUAUACAGAAUAUAUUCCAAGGAACAAGAGAUCUGCCUGGCAAGCUAUUUAUCGUCUCUAGGAUGCAUCUAUAUGAACACAGAUUCUCAGGAUCACAAGUCUUUCCUUAAGGUUACUCUAAAAAUGAAGAACUCUUUCAGAAUCCAAUGGCAAUUAUAUUGCAAAGAAAGUAGAUGUUGUGUCAUAACUUUUAAUUUUAAAUGUUUACACAUUCUUAUGAAAUACCAUAUCUUCUUACAUAUAACACACACCCAAAAAUCAGCCACUGGAAAAUGGAGGGGUGGACCGUACAUUAUAAGUUAGGAAAUAUGGUAACAGAAAUUUCUGCCACUUCAGCUUCUGCUAGGCACAAGUGGAAGAACUCUAUACAUGAACCACAGAAGGCAGAACAAUGAGUAAGCUACUGCUACUCUAUUACCUACUACAAGCAAAAUUAUUUUUCUUUGUUCUGUCUUUCAAAAACAAGGGGCAUAUCCUAUUCUGUGGCAUGUUACAGAUGAAGAAAAUAUGGUAUUUAGAAUCUUUAGGACAAGUACAGAUGUUCCUUUUGUACUUCUAAAAUUAUUUAUUUCUUAAAGUGUUUCUCAAUUAUAGUUUAAAAAUCAAAGAUUAGGCAAAUUGUGCUAAUAGGUUCCUCCUGAAUAUUUUGACUGAAGUCUAUCCUCUUUAAUUGUGCUCCUAUAAUUUUCUGUGCUUUCCAGUUUUCAUUGUGUUCCAUCCCAUGCACAUGUAAUGCCAUUUACAUAUUACAACAUUUGUUCUGGCCUUUAAAAAAAUAAUUAAAUUUAUAUGAUACCAAUUAUAUGCCUUACCUAUAGUUUAAGCACAAUAUAAAUUUUCAAAGUAUAGUUUAUGAAACUGAAAAUCUAAGUGAACAGACCUUCUCAACACUACUUCUGAAACAUGGUUUUGAUGUAGUUUCUUUAAGCAGUGUGGAAAAAGGAUUUUUUUUUUAAAUCUUGUUAGUAGAACUGUAGGCCCAUUGCCUAUAACAUAUCCUAAAUGGACCUCAGAAGAUAAAUACAUUUUCCAUGCUGAUCAAGGAAACUCUACUAGAAUGGUAUUAACAUGUUCUUACCUUUGUUUUUCUUUAGAACAGUUUCCUCCUACACAGGAUAAAGCCUAAAUGUCAAAUUUUAACUAUAACAAAAAGGAAUCUGCUAAUUACUUUGUAUACAUAUACAGGAGCAUGUUUUUCUGAGAGAAAAAAAUGUUGUUGAUUCUAGUUCUUAGUUUCUCAACGAAUUUUUUUUCCAUGUUUCAUGUAAACAGAAGGAAUAUUUUGUUGACAUUAUACGUAUAAUUGACUACCUGUCAACAUAAGAGAUAUUAAAUGUUUUUUACAAAGCAUUUGUCUUUUUAUAAAAAUGUAAGAAGCUGUUUGAAUCCAGGAUUUAGAAUGAACCCUUAUUAUAGUUCUGUGAUUAACAAUGCUGUCAUAUUCUUUCUUAUCACAAACAAUACAACUUUUAGUAUUGCAUAUGCUUUUCUACUUACUGCUGCAGGAAAGUAAUUUUACCUCUGAAGAGUUUUGAAUUUGUAAUGGUUAGCCAAUCAGUGAUAAAAAGGACUAAGCAACUGCACAGUAUUUGAAAGCAGGAACUGAAGCACAUGAGGAAGAAACCAGAAUUGCUGGGCAUGUUAUCUUUGUAUAACCACUACAUGAGACUUCUGGUGUUCUUACAAUAUUGGUUAUUUCCAGAAGUCACCCCCCCCCCCUUCUUUGUACUGUGUGAAUUUGAUUGAACUGAGCUGAAUUUUCAGUUAAAGUAAAUUUUUUUUGAAGCCUGUAA